UGUGUGGGGGUUUUGCUUUUACAGGGUGGAAAAAUACAGACCCGUGAAACUAUGUGAAAUAGUUGGAAAUGAAGAUACAGUGAGCAGGCUGGAGGUCUUUGCAAAAGAGGGGAACGUACCAAAUAUUAUAAUUGCUGGUCCCCCAGGAACAGGUAAAACCACCAGUAUCCUCUGCUUGGCUCGUGCUCUGCUUGGUCCUGCCUUGAAGGAUGCUGUUUUGGAGCUGAAUGCCUCAAAUGACAGGGGCAUUGAUGUGGUGAGGAACAAAAUCAAAAUGUUUGCCCAGCAAAAGGUCACGCUUCCAAAGGGCCGGCAUAAAAUCAUCAUCCUUGAUGAAGCAGACAGCAUGACAGAUGGAGCCCAGCAAGCCCUGAGGAGGACAAUGGAGAUCUAUUCCAAAACAACACGCUUUGCACUGGCCUGCAAUGCCUCUGACAAAAUCAUAGAGCCCAUCCAGUCCCGCUGCGCCGUGCUGCGUUACACCAAGCUGACCGACUCCCAGAUCCUGGCCAGGCUCCUGACCAUUGUUGAGAAAGAGGAUGUGCCAUACACAGACGAUGGGCUGGAAGCCAUUAUCUUCACAGCCCAAGGAGAUAUGAGACAGGCAUUAAACAACUUACAGUCCACUUAUUCUGGAUUUGGCUUUAUAAACAGUGAAAAUGUCUUUAAGGUCUGUGAUGAGCCUCAUCCUCUGCUGGUGAAAGAAAUGAUACAACACUGUGUAAAUGCAAAUAUUGAUGAAGCAUACAAGAUUCUUGCCCACCUCUGGCGACUUGGAUACUCUCCAGAAGAUGUGAUUGGCAACAUCUUCCGUGUGUGUAAAACCUUUCACAUGCCAGAAUAUCUGAAACUGGAAUUUAUCAAGGAAAUUGGGUACACUCACAUGAAGAUAGCAGAAGGUGUGAACUCACUCCUGCAGAUGGCUGGACUGCUGGCCAGGCUGUGCCAGAAGACAGCAGCCCCCGUGGGGAGUUAG